AUGGACGAACCAAUGGCAGACGCCCCCGGGGCGCAGGUCAGGGUGACCUUCACCACCACCGAGGCCGAUCUCGAACUGCCCGAAAGCAAGCGCCAGCUCCUCGUGCCCGCCGACAUCCGCCGCUACGGCUUGUCCCGCGUCCUCAAUUCAGAGUCUAUGCUUGACACCGGAUCGAUCCCCUUCGACUUCCUCGUCAAUGGCAGUUUUCUCAGGACCAGCCUCGAAGACUACCUCACAGCCAACGGCCUCUCGGUCGAGACAAACCUCUCGCUGCAAUACGUCCGCAGCUUAAUACCGCCAGUAUACGAGGCCAGUUUCGAGCACGACGACUGGGUUAGCGCCGUCGAUGUGCUCUCCGCAAGUUCUGCAUCCGGUCGCUGGUCCGGGGACAACUUUCGCCGCGGGCAGGACAGAAUCCUCUCCGCUUCCUACGACGGCCUGCUUAGGAUAUGGAACGCUUCCGGCCAGGUCAUUGCAACAUCCCCCUCCGGCAGUCACGGCGGUCACACAGCCAGCAUCAAAGCCGCCAAGUUCCUCUCCAACACCCAGCUCGCCUCAGCCGGCAUGGACCGCACCGUACGCGUAUGGAAACACACCGAAACCGACCAAUUCUCCGGCGACCUCAAACCCACCCUCGAACUCUACGGCCACACCGGCUCCAUCGACUCACUCGAAGUCGACGGCCCCUCCAAACGCAUCCUCACCGCCUCCGCCGACGGCGCCAUCGGCCUCUGGAGCACCUCCAAAACCUCCGCCCCCGAACCCGACGCCUCCCUCCUCCCAGGCGCCCACACCUCCAAACGCCGCAAAACCACCACCUCCGUCACCUCCGCCCAACGCGGCCCCCUAUCCCUCCUCCCCAUCCACUCCGCCCCAGCCUCCGCAGCCGUCUUCGACCCCCGCGACCGCACCGUCGCCUACUCCGCCUCCCAAGACCACACCCUCCGCACUAUCGACCUCACCACCGCCACCGUCGUCUCAACCCUCACCACCUCCCACCCCUUGCUCUCCCUCACCGCCCUCUCCCGCUCCGGUUCCGGCUCAGUAACCGCCCCGCUCCUCGCAGCAGGCACCGCAGCCCGACACGUAACCCUCAUCGACCCGCGCGCCAGCGCCGCCACAACCUCCGUCAUGACCCUGCGCGGGCACACCAACAAGGUUGUGUCGCUCUCCCCUUCGCCGCAUAACGAGUAUGCCCUAGUGACGGGGUCGCACGAUGGGACCUGUCGGGUGUGGGAUUUGCGUAGUGUACGGCCUGCGACGCAGGAGGAGGGGGGGUUGGGGAGUGUGAGUGAGCCGGUUUAUGUUAUUGAGCGGGAGAGUAAUAGUAGUGGUAAGAAGAGGCCCGUUGCGGGAGAAGGGUGCAAGGUGUUUGGGGUGGUUUGGGAUGGGGAGUUGGGGAUUUUGAGUGGUGGGGAGGAUAAGAAGGUGCAGGUGAAUGUUGGGAGGGGGGUUGUAGGUGAAUAG